GCGGUGAAAGAGUGAGUGCCUCCUGCUCUUCCUUUCGAUUUGAAUCCAAUUCGUAUCCACCAACAACAGGCAGCAGCUUUGAGAUUACAGCACUUAGAACACCAUGGCUGGCGCCGAAACCUUCCUUUUCACCUCUGAAUCCGUGAACGAGGGGCAUCCUGACAAGCUCUGCGAUCAAGUUUCAGAUGCCGUCCUUGACGCUUGCCUGGAGCAAGACCCCGACAGCAAGGUCGCCUGCGAGACCUGCACCAAAACCAACAUGGUCAUGGUCUUCGGCGAGAUCACCACCAAGGCCAACGUGGAUUACGAGAAGAUUGUCCGUGACACCUGCCGCGGGAUCGGGUUCGUGUCCGAUGAUGUCGGCCUGGACGCCGAUCGCUGCAAGGUGCUCGUCAACAUCGAGCAGCAGUCUCCUGACAUCGCCCAAGGUGUGCACGGCCACUUCACCAAGCGCCCCGAGGAGAUCGGGGCCGGCGAUCAGGGCCACAUGUUCGGGUACGCGACCGACGAGACCCCCGAACUGAUGCCCCUCAGCCAUGUCCUCGCCACCAAGCUCGGCGCACGCCUCACCGAGGUCCGCAAGAACGGCACCUGCGCCUGGCUGAGACCUGACGGCAAAACCCAGGUGACCGUCGAGUACCGCAAUGACCACGGCGCCAUGGUUCCGAUCCGCGUCCACACCGUCCUCAUCUCCACCCAGCACGACGAGACAGUGACCAACGACGAGAUCGCCGUGGACCUUAAGGAGCACGUCAUCAAGCCCGUCAUUCCUGAGAGGUACCUCGACGAGAAGACCAUCUUCCACCUCAACCCCUCGGGUCGGUUUGUCAUCGGUGGCCCUCAUGGUGACGCUGGGCUCACCGGCCGCAAGAUCAUCAUCGACACCUACGGCGGCUGGGGCGCACACGGCGGCGGUGCCUUCUCCGGCAAGGAUCCCACCAAGGUCGAUCGCAGUGGUGCGUACAUCGUGAGGCAGGCAGCCAAGAGCAUCGUGGCCAACGGGCUCGCCCGCCGCUGCAUUGUGCAGGUCUCCUACGCCAUUGGCGUGCCGGAACCUCUGUCUGUGUUCGUCGAUAGUUACGGCACCGGCAAGAUCCCGGACAAGGAGAUAUUGAAGAUUGUGAAAGAGCACUUCGACUUCAGGCCAGGGAUGAUCACCAUCAACCUGGAUCUGCAGAGGGGAGGCAAUGGCAGGUUCCUCAAGACUGCGGCUUAUGGGCACUUUGGAAGGGACGACCCCGACUUCACCUGGGAAGUCGUCAAGCCCCUCAAGUGGGAGAAGCCUGCUGCCUAAGCUUUGAAUCGGCUAAUCGAUGCAUGCCUAUCUAGUAACCAAUCUAGUUUCUUGCUGUUGUCAUUGCGUCCCAGUUAUUGUUACUGCUUGUUCUUGAUCUGAAGUCUGAUAAAAGAGUUUCGGUUUGGGUUUUAAUCAAUUGAUGAAAAGUAUAGAAUCAAAUAAAGAACUUGUGUUUGUUCA